AUGGCAAGACUGGUCGUGGCCUUGAUCGCGGUUCUCUUUGCCCUCGUCGUCCUCCUGUCGGCCGCUCCUGCCGCUAAGGCCCAGACCUACCAGCAGGCCUCCUACAACGCCGCGGCGGCCCUCGAAGCCGACCUCGACGCCCGGUUCGCCCAGGUGCUCGCCGCCAUCAACGCCCUCCAGCUCUCCUGCCAGGGCCAGGCCAGCGCCACCCCCUCCCCCUCCCGUGCCGCCGCCGCCCCCAGCACCACCCCCUCGCCUUCCCGUGCCGCCGCCCCCUCGGCCUCCCGGUCGCCCGCCGCGCCCAGCCCCUCGCGCACCCCGUCGGCGGCCCCGGCGACCGGCCUGCGCUCGGUCACGGUGGGUCCGGGCCAGACCUUCACCGAGCCGGCCGACGCCAUCGCCUCGCUGGCCUCCGGGUUCAACAUGACGGUCCUGGCGGGCACCUACUACAAGCCCUUCGACAUCCCCAACACCCUGCGCGGAUGGACCAUCAACGGCGCCGGCGGCGGUCUCACGAUCUUUGACGGCCAGGGCGGCGUCGGCGCAGGCCACCGCCUGGCCUGGGGCAAGGGCUUCGUCCACGCCCAGAGCCCCGGCACCCUGAGCAACAUCGUCUUCCGGAACGCGGGCGGCGCCGACGGCAGCGGCGACGGCGAGGCCGCGGUCUACGCCGAGCUCUUCACCUCGGCCGGCACCCUUACCAUCAACCGGUGCCUGUUCCAGAACAACGAGAACGGCAUCUUCGUGCCGGCCACGGGCAGCGGCAACCCGGGCGCCGGCAUCGCGGUGGUGGUGACCAACAGCGACUUUAUCGCCAACGGUCAGUCGCAGGACGGUCAGUCCCACGACCUCUACGUGCAGGGCGACUCCUACACCGAGUCCAACUGCAACCACUAUGGCAACCCCUACGGCAACAACAUCAAGGUGCGAUCGCCGGUGCUCUCGGUCACGGGCGGCUACCACGCCAACACGGCCGGGUCGCGCUGGAUCGACUUCCCCAACGGCGGCACGGCCACCGUCACCGGCGGCACCUUCACCAUUCCCUCCACGUCAGGCGGCGGCAACAUCAUCGGCUACGCCGAAGAGAACCAGAACAACGGUGUCACGGGCGGCAUGGCCUUUGGCGGCAACGCCAAGCUCUACGUGGGCCGCUACAACUCGCAGAUCAUGGUGGCGACCGGCGGCACCGUCUCGUUCGCCUCGACCGUGUCUCUCACGUGGACCAGCUCCGGCGCCUCCAUCUCCGUGACCAACGGCGGUUCGGUGACCGGCAUCGCGCUGGCCCCGGGAAGCAGCACCAUCGGCUCCGAGCCCGCCGUCCCGGCCCGCGUCAGCGGCAACUAA